UUGUGCUUUCCUGCUCGGUUUAGUCCCGUGAAGAGACGUGCAAGCGCUCGGGCAGUAAGUGGACUGUACACGGCGGAGUUAAAGACUUCAGAGACGCGGAACCCAGGAACGGAUUUAAGCAAACAGUAUACGCUGAAUUUUGCCGUCAUAUAUUCUCUUUAAUUUUUCAAAUCAAGUGGACUCGGACACGGUGAACGACACAGACAUGUGUAACCAAACAAGAAGAUGCCUGGAGGAUUUGGGCUGGUGGGCUUAGGAGGUCUGCAUGCACACUCAACCUGAAAUCAGUGUCUUUUGCAUCUAUAUAAAAGUUUGAGCUGAGUGCAAUGGCAUCUAGUCUUACAUGUGCAGGGAUGGUAUGGGCCCUGUUGUCCUUCCUUUGUGCAGCCACAUCUUGCAUAGGCUUCUUCAUGCCAUACUGGCUACUUGGGUCACAGAUGGGUAAGCCGGUGUCAUUUGGAACAUUCCGUCGCUGUUCCUACCCCAUAAGGGAUGAGGCCCGUGGUGGCACGGUUAUGCUGGAGCAGUGUGGGCGCUAUGCCUCCUUUCAGGGCAUCCCAAGUCUGGAGUGGAGGAUCUGCACGGUGCUGACGGGGACAGGCUGCGGACUGCUGCUCCUGGUGGCUCUCACAGCAAUCAUGGGAUGCUGUGUUACAGAUCUAAUCUCUCGCACCAUAGGACGUGUGGCAGGAGGGAUACAGUUUGUGGGAGGGCUGCUGAUUGGAUCGGGGUGUGCCCUGUACCCUUUAGGGUGGGACAGUGAAGAGGUCAGACAGACUUGUGGCAACAGCUCUGACCAGUUCGAACUUGGUUCUUGUGAGAUCGGAUGGGCUUAUUACUGCACCGGGGCUGGAGCUGUGGUGGCCAUGCUGUUGUGCACGUGGAUGGCAUGUUUCGCAGGGAAGAAACAGAAACACUACCCUUACUAAACAUGUGGAAGACAAAACAACAGUAGAGGAAACCAUAAACAGUACGUAUAUGGGCAUGAGUUUCAUUCUCCGAUUCAGAGAGCUUCUACAUCCUGUGCACUUCCCAAACACAUAUCGUAUAUAAGGAGACAUGACUGAACAGUUAACUUUCCACGACAGUUCCCACAUGAGAUUUUUCCUACGACUGACCUUUGACCUGCAUUGCGAUCUUUUGCAUUUCAAGUGGUGCCAGUGUCAUUAAAAUGGAAUAUUUGUCAAACAACCCAUUUUGACCUUCUGUGUUCACAAGGACUCUACUGUAUUACUCUCAUUUAUCGUUGCUUUUUUAUCAUGUUUGUGUAAGUACAGUUUUCUCUGUGGCUUAAGUUGUUGUGUUUUGGUAUAUUGUGUUAUUAUAAUAACCUACUGUAUUCUAUAUUACGAGUUUCAAUAAUGUCCUGUUAUUGCCUUAAAUAUUUCUGCUGCAAUAAUAUACUGAAACGGACUGUGUAUUUGCUAAUCAUUGUAUGUUUGACUAUAGAUUGUGACUUAUAUGAUCUUCGUUUGGUAUUUACGACUUUUAUAUAACAUGGAUAAAUGUCCAUUUUAUUUCACUGCAUUUGUAAAUAAAUACUGUCAUUAAAAAA